AUGUUCAAAAAUACUAAGCUAACUCAGCAAGAACUAAAACAGGCUUAUCAAAUAGUCAGCCAAGAUUUAGUGCAUAACCUUGCCAAAAUCAAAGAUGGAGAAGGAAUUCGCCUUACUAACUUAGGAACUUUUAUUAAGUCUCGCCAAAAACCCACUAAUAUUAAUAACAACCAGAAUCAACCAACUAAUAAUCUAGCCCAAGGCAAACCGAACAAGAUGACCACCGGUCAAAAAAUACCCCACAUGACUGGCACUAUCGCCGAAAUUCAGCAAGGGAUUGUCCAAAUUCAAAUGGCUCAGACUCAGAUUAUUCAGAGUAAUCAGCAAUUAGAGCAAAGGUUAAUCGCCUUAGAAACUAAUGCUAGUUCUCAAUUUACUAAUCUAGUCCAGCAAGUCCAAAGUAUUAAAUCGGAAAUCCAAGAGUUUAAAGCGGCUCAACAAAUAGCCCAAGUUCGAAUCAUUGCCCUAAUAUUAGAAACCAAAGCCUCCAAAGCCAAAAUAGGAAGUAUUGACACUGCUCAAUUAGAGUAUACCUUUACUACCUCCUUAACUUACGGAACCAUUAUGUUUGCGAUAGUCUUAGCCACUGGUAAAAUUGCCAUGUUCACUAUCGGACUAAUGGUCGGAAUAUUCCUCUACAAAGCGGGAAUAAUCCAAAAAUUAACCGAUUAUUUACCCGAUUUCAAAGGAGCCUUAACUGGCUUUUAUGAAGAAAAUAUUAAACCAAGUUUAGAAACCAAAGCCAAUUAUUACGAAAAUUUACUGCAUGAAAAUAUUGCUUUUUCCCAAAGAACCCAGAAAAUCGGAAUUGCCUUGGGAAUUGGCAUAUUCUUAUUGCUCGCCAUUGCUUACUUCUGA